CCAGCACUGCAUCGACAGAGCUGUGUACACCGACGAAAUCGGUUUAUCCGGAAACCGUACGAUAUCGAUGUUUUGCUCGGAUACGAUAAAGAAAAUACUUUCGAGCAGAUGGAAGCUCGUUUUGCCGCAUCCGCUCGAGAUCAUCGAUUGUCCUCAGUAAGCGAUUCGAAAAAGGCAAAGAAGCGGGGACGGUCAAAGAAGAAAAAAAUAUGGAUCAGCGAACUGCGGGAUAUUGACAAAAUCUACAAGACUUCUGAACUUCGAGAUAUCAUCAAUUCAGUGGAAAUGUAA